CAUUGAGGAGUUGCUCCCCGAACUCUAUAAAGCCGUUUGCUUGGCCAGAUCGCAAAGUGUGGACUGCAAACCGGCGGUGGGCAACCAACGAGCUGUGAAAUCCUCAGAUCCUACCGUGUCGUGUUGUGCCGCACCCGUGCAAAAACCCCUUUAAAAGCAUGAGCGAGAGACAAGGAUCUGGAGCCACAACUGGAAACACCAAAUCAUCUGGAGGACAAGAUGACUCCAAGAAAGACGUCCCAGAGGACUUUGACAUCGACAUGGACGCCCCGGAGACCGAGAAGGCCGCCGUCGCCAUCCAGUCGCAGUUCAGAAAGUUCCAGAAGAAGAAGCAGGAACCCAAGUCCUAGAGGGUGGCCAGGAGGUUUGACCUCCCACAGCUAGAUGGCGCUGUGGGAGCUCCAUUUUGCAUGUUGAAGAACCACACAAUACGGACUUAAGGGGCGGGUGGGUCGGGGGCUGGAAAAUUGAGCAAUACCCUGUGUAUCACUGAUGUUUGUGAUGUUAAAUGCAUAUAAUGUAUCGUUUGACUGCUGUAUGGAUAUUUUGUGAGGCUCUGAAUGAGCCUUUUUGUUUAGCAGUUUGCUACUGUAACAUGUUCAACAUUCAGCGUGGUGUACUGUGGCACUGCGGCCUCCCCUAUAGGGGGCGCAUUUUUAAUUUUGAACAUCUUAAAACGAUAUCAAAUCGAGGGAGGAAGAACAGAGGGAAAGAAUCAUUCUUUUUUUUUAGAUGAAAAUGUGCCAGGAAGUGUACAAUGGGGUUUAACAGUGGAUGAAUGAGCUUAACACCUACGGCAAUAAAGGAUGUCACAAAAUCAGACUAUAAAUUAUAAGUAUAAUGUGUGUGGUUUUGUGGAUUGUAACUGUUUGCAGAGCGCUAGGCGUACGGCGUUUUGGGCGCGAACUAUGACAUUGUGUACCCAACAUUAUCGUGUAAACAUUUCUAUUGCAUAUAUUUAAACUAUUUAUGACAGACUGAGUUGAAAUUGAAUUCCCAGUACAUUUCUGCGCUCUGUUGAAACAUCCUCAUUGUUAAAUAAAUGUUCUUCCUGUUUGAUCUUCCAUGUAGAA